AGCGAUGUUUAAACCAUUGGCGCCCCAUCUUUUUUUCCUCUCCCGAAACAUGAUCUGCUUCACUAUAACUUUCCUCUUUGCUUGCUCCCUUAAUUUCUCAUUCCCUUUCUUCGAUCCUCAAUCAAUAUGCUGUUUGCCGGAAAACGCAGUUCCACUAAAUCCACAGUCGUUUUUACGCUUCUAUCCCUUAUUGGGAUUGCUUUGACGCUCGAUUUCUUCUGGGCCUCCUCCUCCACUUCUUCUUCGAACUGGGAUCGGGAGAAAAAUCAAAUCUUGGUUGUUUCGAAACCCAAAAUCGAGGGGAAUUAUAAUGUACCUGAGCUGGAAUUAUCAGGUACAUUUGCUGAUCUACCAGCUCCACAAUUAGAAUGGGAGCAAAUGGCUUCAGCGCCUGUGCCGCGUUUGGAUGGUUCUGCCAUUCAGAUUGAGGAUCUUCUUUACGUUUUCUCCGGAUAUGGAAACCUAGAUCAUGUGCAUUCCCAUGUCGAUGUCUAUAAUUUUACGGCUAGAAAUUGGACUGAAAGAUUCGAGACGCCAAAAGAAAUGGCAAAUUCCCAUUUGGGAGUGGCGAGUGAUGGGAGAAGAUAUGUGUACAUUGUGUCUGGACAGCAUGGCCCUCAGUGCACAGCUCCUCCCGUGGCUCUUUCUUUUGUCCUCGACACAAAGACGAGGAAGUGGGAGAGCAUUCCCUCGUUACCAGCUCCGAGAUAUGCUCCAGCAACUCAGAUAUGGAGGGGAAGACUACAUGUAAUGGGUGGCAGCAAAGAGAAUCGGCACACACCUGCAACCGACCAUUGGAGCAUUGCAGUGAAGAAUGGUAGAGCAAUCGAGAAUGAAUGGCGAAAAGAGGUACCCCUGCCCCGAGGGGGACCUCAUAGGGCCUGUGUUGCGGUUGGUGAUAAUCUUUUUGUGAUUGGCGGUCAAGAGGGCGAUUUCAUGCCAAAACCCGGGUCGCCCAUUUUCAAAUGCUCAAGGAGGCACGAGGUGGUAUACGGGGAUGUCUAUAUGCUUGAUGGGGAGAUGAAGUGGAGAGCUGUGAACCCCAUGCCCAAACCCGAUUCCCACAUAGAAUCGUCUUGGAUUAUUUGGAAUAACUCGAUUGUCAUAAUGGGAGGGACGACAGAGAAGCACCCUGUGACUAAAAGGAUGAUUCUAGUGGGAGAGAUAUUCCAAUUUCAUUUGGAUACCAUGCAAUGGUCUGUGAUGGGGAGGAUGCCGUACAGGGUGAAGACGACGUUGGCCGGUUUUUGGGAUGGAUGGUUGUAUUUCACAUCUGGGCAGAGAGACAGAGGAGAAGAUAAUCCACAACCAAAGAAAGUGAUUGGUGAAAUGUGGAGAACUAAGUUGAGUUUCUGAUGUUUUUUACUUAUAAUUUGUAACUUUUUUCUCUAUUUUCACACAGAAAACACAUUUUUAUUUUAAAUUUCAAAUUAAUCAAUUAUUUUCAUUGAAAGUAAUAUAUAUGAGAAAAGUGGUAACUC